AUGAAGAAACUUAAACGCAAAUUACAUGACUACUUAUCAGGGGAGAAGAAGAAGCCCAAGGGGAUGGUAAAAUUCUGCCCGUUAUCACCGUGCAAAGGCAAAAAAACGCCCAUUUUCCAGCUCAAUAAACAUUUACAAACGCCUUUACAUGGUCUUAAGCCUGAUACACCCAGCUACAGAGAAGCCUUGAAGGAAGCUCCACGAGUCUCUCUAGACUUCAUAGACGAUCACUUAAAGAAGCAAAAAAAAGGAGGAAAGUUGAGGAAGGGCAAGAGGAGAGCAGAGAGGAGUAGUGACGAUGAAAGGCAUGAAAGUAAUUAUGACAGCGGAGAGUAUAGGAGAUCGGGUGAAGAGGAUUGCCGAAAACGUGUGAAAGCAAGUAGAGCUAAAGUAAAUAAUGAUGGAAGCGAAGAUGAUAAAGAACUACAAGAUGAGAGCCAAAAGCCAUUAGAAGUAACUGCUGGGCCAAGUGAGGAUAACUGCAAUGACGUUUACCUAGAGGAUUGUCAAAGCGAAAAUGAUGGUGAGACCAGUGAACGAGUUGAUAAAGGUGCCGGUACAAUUAGUAAGGACAGUGAUCAAGAAUAUGACGAUCUUGCACGUCGAGCGUGGGAAAAUGCAAGUGAACAACGGAACGACAUUGUCAUCUUAUCAGACAGUGAAUCUGGUAGCGACUACAUUCCGGGAAGUGAUUCUGAGUCGAGUGAAUCUUACCAAUCUCAAGAUUCUAUUCAUUCUCUUGAUUAUGAAAAUUUGAUGAGUGAAAUGGUCGAGGUUAUCGGAAAGGAGGAAAUUGUAGCUGGAAAGUCAUUUCUAGAUAAUAAACUUGAGUCACCACGGUGGAAGAAAAAAGUUCAAGAGUUUAUAAUUGCUCAAGAAACUAAAGGUUAUCGUUUUAAGAAUGAAGAAGAUUCUUCAGAAGACUUGAGACGAAGGAUUCAGCACUGUGAAGAGAGCGAAGGUGAUGAAGUCGAAAGCAUAUUAAUGAGUGACGAAAGCGACAACGAUGAUGCCUUGGAUGAAGAGUGGGAAGCAAGUGAUGGUGAACCAGAUCUUGAAAAGGGAAACGAAAGUCAGCAAGGUUGCUUUGACACUAUCACUGACAACUUAAUUACUGAAUUUUACGACUACAUGAUUGACGUAGAUGGAGGUUAUCGUAAUGUUAAAAUAGCACAGCAAUACAAGUCUCAAGUGAAAAGUGUCAUUCGCACCUGCACAGCGAAUUCGACACAGGACGAUAAACAAAAAAAACAAUCCGGCCCUGCGAUUUACUCGCUUUUGACCCCUGGAAAAGUUGGAGCAAACAUUUUGAAGUCAUGGCUUUCCUAUGCGGUCAACAAGUACCGACCAGGAACUGUUAGGUCCUACUUGAUGAGUCUGCGCCAGUUUUACAAAUUCUUAAUCCAAGAGGAAAAGUCCAUACCGGAAGUAUCCCUGGACUUGCUUAACGCUCGCACAGAUCUCAUGACGUCAUGGUCAUCUGCAAAAAAAGAACAUCUUAAAGAGGAAACUAGAGAAGUACGAUGAGGAUUAUCGGAAAAUUCUCUCAAGUGAAAGCCUUGACAAGAUUUGCCAUGGAAAUCAGCGCGUGAACGCUGUUAAGCAAUUGGCGGCAACCUCUGAAAACACACAUCGUGGUGAAAUUAUCAUGAGGACUAUCAGUGACAAAUCGCACUGUGAAGUGAGGGACUGGUUAAUGACACGAAUGCUGAUUGAUAAUAGUGGCAGAAGUGGGGUGGCAGCCAAAAUGACUGUUGCCGAAUUUAAUGAGGCUGUUCACUACCAGGGUACAGAAGAGGACCCGGCACGGUUCAGGGUACAUGUUAAAGAUCACAAGACAGCUAAAGUGUAUGGGCCGGCCGUCGUUUGGAUUUAUGAAGACCUGUAUCACCUCAUAGACAUGUACAUAAGAACAGUGAGGAGUCAGUUCGUUCUAUCAGAUUCUAGUGUAGAGUGCGUAUUUGUUUCAAGCAAUGGAAUUGCCCUGACUUCGUCUCAGGUUUCAACAGCUAUCGCGAGAACCUUUGAAAGAGAAGGUGUUAAAGUCAAGGGAAAGGUCUGCGCGACAACAAUUCGAAAGUCCCUUGCCACUGGGAUGCACGUCCACCUGCCUGACCAGAAGGAACACCUAGCUGCCCUUGCCCAACACAAAGUACAAACGCAGGCAAAUUACUAUCGCAUCCACGACAAAAUAAACGAAACUGACUUGGGACGACGAGCAGUAAAAAACCUCGUUUCGCUAAAGAAAGAAAAAUCUGAGCCUGAAACGAAGGGCGAAAUGAAAACACCCGCGCUUUGGACAGCUGAUGAGACUGAGAUGCUAAGAAAGCUUUGUAAAGAAGAAAUCGAAACGGGGCUCAUCGAUGAGCAAAAUAUUAAUAAAAAGCUGGAAGAAACAAGCUUGUUCCAAACUCAUUCUUUCAAGGCUGUCAUUCUGAAGCUUCGCCGCCUAAGAGACGCGUUCAUGGAGAAUGUGGAACCUCCCUGCCAUGAAGUAACAACUCAAGACAAGAUUACGAAUUACCUGGCAAAAUGCCAAUCAGAAGUUGCUUCGACAUCGCAAGCAGAGUCAACUUCAACCGAGAAUUCUCGUUUUUGGAGGAAGUUCACCGAUGAACAAACAGGGCAUCUGAUCUCCCUAACCUAUGACAUGUUGAAGUGUAACAACAUAAAAAGAGAGGUCGUAUGGCAGAGGGUGGUGAGUGAUCCAAGGUCGGUGGAGAUUGGCCUCAUAACCGGCACAGAAAACGAAGAGGAAAUCCACAAAGCUAAGCAGCGGUUGAAUGACAAAGUGAGACAAGAAUUCAAAAAGGAAGCUGGAAAAAAAAAAGGAAACCGUGCGAUAAACUGUUCAAGCUAG